CUUCUCUCCCUAUCAAUCCUCCUCCACCUUGACCCCCACCCUCCCUCCCCCUCCUCCCAGGCCACUCAUAAAUCACAGCUCUGAUCACGGCCAGCAACCCGCAUCCAAGGCCACACAAUUAUAGGCAUCAGCUUCACAAUUUCCUGCAGGUUCACUUCACACUGUAACUUCGCCUCCAGACCACCCAUAAAUAAAUACAAGGGAACCGCACACACCGCAGGAGAAAGUUAGAUGCACAUGAGCAUACAAUCUUAUAUGGAACUGAAUGCUGUGGGGGAAUGUACAAGUGUGUGCAGUGAUGAUUAUUAGUCUUGUCUUCCCUUGCCAGGCUUUGUGCUACAGAGGGUUACAACUUGAUGGAAUUCAAGACCCACCUUUCUGCAACACACCAUCACUACUGCCGCCACCGCCGCCGCCACAAUGUUUCAAGCAAGGCAAAGACAUGUUCUCCAUCAUCACUUUCGAUCAUCAAGGCUUUUUUUAUGCAGGAGUGCGAAAGGUUUCCUGGCCUCGAGCUCUCCCCAAGGUGUGAGGACAAGUUUAGCCGCACCGCCGCACCACUCACCCCAGCCUUGUCUCUUUACUGUGGCAAGUUUUAUGCAAAAAGCCUGGUGGGUGUACUAAUAUGUGUUUUAGCACCUCCCAAAUGCAAGAUAAUGACACACCACCUCCGUCUCAUGAAGCACUAACAAGCUCGGUGAGGCUUAGACAGGAUGCUGAUGCGGCCAGGGGUGACGCCAGCAAUGAAGGCGAGGAGCAAGCUUCCAAACACUUUAUGCACAAAUGCUCAUGUACUAAGUGAAAAAAUAAAUAAAUAAAAAAGUAUUUUCCCCCUAAUUACAAUAACCCCUUCAGUACCAUGACACAUUUCCAUAUUCAUUCUGCUUACUAUUU